AUGGAGAAACAGGAUAACCCUUCUUCGAGUACUCCAACCCUUCGAAACGAGUCCUCAGACGAAAAUAGCCCUACGACCUCGGAGCCCAAGGGUCCUCAGCAGGAGAGAACCAUCAGGGGCUUCCGCUGGUUCCUCGUAUGCGUCGCCAUCUUCUCGGCAAACUUUCUCUACGGGCUCGAUACAACCAUUGCUGCGGACAUCCAAGCUGCCGUGUCCGAGACCUUUGACAAUGUCACAAAGCUUGGAUGGCUCGGCGUAGGUUUCGGCCUAGGAGCUACAGUUGCUAUCCUUCCCCUGGGCAAGGCGUACGGUAUCUUUGACACAAAGUAUCUUUACAUCGCGUCUCUGGUCAUGUUCUCAGCAGCUAGUGCCCUUUGCGGUGCUGCUCCUUCUAUGGGUGCCAUGAUCGUCGGACGUGUCUGGGCUGGCGCUGGUGGUGCGGGCAUGUAUCUUGGAACAUUGAACUUGGUGUCUUCGACUGCCAGUCCUCGCGAGGCUGCGUUCUAUAUCGCCUUUGAAGGCUUCGUCUAUGGAGGAGGGUGUAUCCUUGGACCAGUGGUUGGAGGUCUAUUGUCAGACAGCGCUGCAACUUGGAGAUGGGCGUUUUAUCUCAACCUGGUAAUCUUUGCCAUCACUUCGCCCAUCUACCUCUUCGCUCUGCCAUCGCUGCCUCAACAGCCCGACACAUCCUUCGUCGAGAAGCUCAAGAAGCUCGACUGGCUGGGAAUUACCCUCAACACGGGCAUCUAUGUCUGCUUCGUCCUCGCCUUCACCUUUGGCGGUCCAGAGUGGGCGUGGGAUGAUGGUCGGUUCAUCACUUGCGUCGUGCUCUUCGUCGUCUUCGUCGCUGCAUUCGCCAUCACGCAGUACAACACCGUCUUCACCAACAAGAUCGAUCGGCUCUUCCCUUGCGACUUCCUGGCCAACCCCCAGAUGAUAAUCUUGUACAUCGCCAUUGCGUGUGGUGGAGCUGGUCUGUUCGUGGCCGUGUACUAUAUCCCUCUGUACUUUCUCUUUGUCCACGGUGACUCGGGAACUGAGGCGGCGGUCCGACUUCUCCCCUUCAUCUUCUUUUACAUCACGGCCAUCCUCUUCUGCGGAUAUGCCAUGCCUCGUACCGGCUACCAUAUGGUCUGGUACCUGAUCUCUGGCCUUCUGCUCACGGUUGGCGGUGCAGCCAUGUACACCAUCAAGGCUGACUCUCCCGCGAGCUACACGUACGGCUUCUCAGCGCUCCUGGGCUUCGGCCUGACGACUAGUCAGGCGGGCUACGCGGUAGCAGCCCAUAUCGUCAAGCCAGACCGACUCGCCGAAUCGAUCCAGUUCCUCAACAUCUCCCAGGGCAAAAGCCAAAUGCUAGGCCUAGCGAUCGCCAGCUCCAUCUUCCAAAGCCGCGCUUUUGACGGCAUGAACAAGGUGCUCCAAGGUCAAGGCUUCUCGACAGAAGAGAUCCGGGCUGCUAUCGCGGGUUCGCAGAGCAAGAUUUUGGCGACCAUCAGCCCGGAGCUGAGGCGGCGGUGCCUGGACGUGCUGGUCAAGACCAUCUCGGAGAUCUGGGUCAUGGUGAUCGCUGCGGGUGCGCUGCUGACUGUUUCAUCGCUGUUUCUUACAAAGAAGCGGUUUUGA